CGCUGUGUUUGGCCAAUGGCGAAUAUCAUUGCAGGCUUUCCGCAUGUGACAUCAUCGGAAUCCAAACAAAUCUCGUGUUUUGCCUUUGUGCAUCGGGCCGUGAACCGUUCCCACGUAAGCGAGGACCAUGGCAUCAAAGCACCGUGUGUGUGGCCCGUGGCUGGCGCUCGUGGUGUGCGCGCAGCUGUUGGCGGUGGCGCAGAUGGGGUGUGCUGUGCAGGAUGGCGGGGCGUGCGACGCUGCCUCGCUCGUGGCUUCCUUUGGAGCAGUGCCAAGCCAUGUCGUGCACAACUGCAACAAUGUUGCGCUCGGCGCCACCUGCAUUGCCUCGUGCGACGUCUCUGGCUCGUACACCGGCACGCCCCAGACGCUCGUGUGCGGCUCCAACUCCACGUUCCAAGGGUCCCUUCCAACAUGUUUUGCACCGUGCAACCCUGCGGAGGAUGAGAGCGCUAUUGUGAGCCAUGGUUGCCGCUCGCUUGUGCCUGUUGGUGACGCGUGCACCUGGGGGUGUGCACGUGGCUACGCUGGCGCAGAUGUCACCCGCACCUGCACAGCCCUAAACGCCAACACAACCGCGUUUGAUGCACCACCUCCCUCGUGCACACCUGUGCCUUGCAGCUUGCCUGCGGAAGCCGACCCGCAGGCCAUGGAUUUGAGCGACUGCUUUGGUGCUGUGCACACCAACAGCUGCGUCAUUCCGUGUGCCGUGGGCUACGCUGGCGCCACCGCUGCCCUCACCUGCGACAACGGCCAGUUCAUCGGCACCCUUCCCAUGUGCACUCGUACGUACACAGAUAGUGCUGUUGGCCUAAACAGCCCCAAGCUGGUGACCGAGGGCGGCACACUUCGCGUGGAGGUCUUUGAUGACAAGCGCAUGGACCUUGCUUACAUGACCCAAAACCUCCAACCAAACGCUUGGUCUGGGCGGAUCCUGAGCGACGUUGAGAUUGAGGCGUCCAUCACCUCCACGCUGUCCACCAUCAUGGAGGAUGGCAGCGCGCGUGUGCGCACAGAGGCGAAGGUGGCGCAGAUUGUGGCCGCCAAUGUGCUCGACAGCCAGGGCGUUGUGCGCGCAGCUGUCCAAGAUGCCAUUGACGCAAACGCACCACAGGGUUCGACUCUGACAGAGUAUCUGGGUGAAGAGUUUGAUCGUGUGGAUGGCCGCAUCGACAGCCUUCAAACUUAUGUGGACGGGCAAGACGACGGCGUGCUGUCGACGCUGCGGGAUGAGCUUGAGAGCACGGUGUCGGCGGCGAGCGAUGCGCUCUCUGCUGAACUGGACGGUGUCACCAGCGCCAUUGACCGCAUGGCACCAGCCAUCGCCGCAGCAGAGCGCUGUCUCAAGUUUUGCCCUGCAGUGUUACAGUCACUCACUCCACUCAACCCACUCCCUUUUUUCCCCUUCACUCACUCCACUCACUCCACUCACUCAUCCCUGCACUCACUCAUCAACCAGUGCCAGCAGUGCCCUGCGUUCACCUACAGCGCAACCCCAAACAUGGAGCGUGAAUGCCAGGACUGCACACCCACGCAUUGCAAUGCCGGCUCGUACAUGGUGCCCUGCGACCGCACCGUCGGCGACAGCUCGUGCGUCACCUGCCCGAGCGGCAAGUACCAGGACGCAUCGCAGCACAGAGAGUCGUCGUGUAAGACAUGUGGCUGUCCAAGUGGGUCGCUCCCCAUGUUCGCGACCUGCCCCGGCACCUCCAACUUUGAUUGCCUUCCUGACGGAAUCAAAGUGGUUGGGUAUGGGUCUUGUUCCGCUGGCCAAUGGCAGAUGGGUGGUGCUGAAUCAGGCUGCCGCAGCGGCGGUUCGCAUCAGUCCACAAAGCUGACUGGCGGUGAUUAUGGAAGCGACUAUGACGUGACUGCCACAUCCACCGUCAAGUUUGCGGAAGGGAAAUAUCGCUUUUUCUGUCAAGCAGACGAUUGCUGCAAGAUUCGUCUUCGUGGUCCGAGGACAUUCUCCCCCAUCGAUAACGGAUGUGGAGGCUGUACAUCGUGCAGUGGACACACGCACGACCACGACCUCCUCGCGGGCGUGUACACCGUGGAAUACUACAUGCACGAGUUCGGUGGUGGUGCGUACUACGACUUCCACAUCCAGCGGCUGUGA